GAGGGGCCGGAAGCACAUGCUGGCGCGCUGUUACUUGUGUUGUUAUCAUCUGUGACAUGUAGCUAGAAGGUGUGGGGGAUUUGUACAUAUUAUAUUAUUUUUAUUUUUUCAUAAAAAGUAGUGUAAGCUAUCAACAAUGUCAGCAACCGUGGCAACGCCUGUUUCCCCAACGGAGCAGGACACUGACCGGUGUGGGAGUGAAGAAGAGAUCCGUGCGACCGAGGCGGAGGACAGCAGCCAGCAACAGACAGGCCCCGUUGCCGCCGUGAGCCAUAGCCGGCCGUCCAAACUCCCGCUGGCACGCAUCAAGGCUUUGAUGAAGACGGACCCAGAUGUAUCCCUCGCCAGUCAGGAGUCUGUGUUCAUAAUCGCAAAAGCCACGGAGUUGUUUGUGGAAAUGAUUGCAAAAGAUGCACUGGUCUAUGCCCAGCAAGGGAAGAGGAAAACUUUGCAAAGAAAAGACUUGGACAACGCAAUAGGGGCCAUAGAUGAGUUUGCAUUUCUUGAAGGCACACUAGAUUAAAAACCAAUCAGCACAUUGAAUUUCUGCAGCCAUUCAAGUUAUUUUAUUAUCCAACAAGUCACUGUGGAACGUUCUGGUACUUUUCUAAGUCAAACUCACAAAUGGGAUCUUUAUAAAUGUUUUUAUACAAUAGGCCCUCAACAUGUUUCUUAAUUUGGAAGACAUUAAUGGUAAUAUGUAUAUUUCUAUGUAAAUAUUUGUGAAAUACUACCAUAUAAUGAAAUAAAUGUAUGUUUUAAAGAAACAGUUUCAGCACAAUUAUUGAUACUGAUUCAUGUAGUCAGUGUACAAGCUCUUAGGGCCUUGAAUUGUUUCGUAUCUAAAA